AUGAAUGCCCUUGACGGCGUCCCCUUCAAGGUGCCCAAUGGCUUUGUGAUAGGCACAAAGUCCCUUCCUGGGCCAGAGCUCAGCAUCCCAGCCUGCAGGGAGCUUCUGCUGGGUUCUAUGCACGACUUCAGCCUGGAGAGGAGGGUGCUCUUCUGGGUGGAGGCUGUCAUCCGGGGACCCUGCCCGGUCCAAUGCGACGCCCUGGGAAUGGCAUCGGCCCCUCCGGCCUGGCUCUUGCUGGUCGGCUCAGAAUCUGAGCCGGUGCCCGCACCAGCUGCAGACACCGGCCCGGAGGCCAGACCCCAGCUGCAGCUAGAACAGGAGGAGGAGAAAGAGGAGGAGGAAGAAGCCGCCUCUGCCAACGAGGAAGAGCCAGGUCCCUGCAGCCCCCUGUCUAGCUCCCCUGCGAGCGCUGGCCCGGGCCAUCCCCGGUGCUCGCUGGACUUGCUGCGCGGCGUGAAGUCGGAGCUGGCCGGGGCGCGGCGGCGGCUCUCGGAGGGCCGGCUGUCAGCUCGCCCCCGCGCCCUCCUGCACCGCAUCCGCCACCGGGCGCUGAGCCUCUGCGCCAGUCCCGCGCCGAGUCCCGGCCCGGUGCUGCCCGCUGGCCCUGCGCCCACGCUCCCCAGCGCCCCCGCGCCGCCUCCGCGGCCCUCCACGGCUGGCGCCAUGCCCCCGUUGCGGAGCCACAAGCCCACGGUCGCGUCCCUCAGCCCCUACACCUGCCUGCCGCCUCUUGGCGGAGUGCCUCAGCAUCUCAGCACCUGCAGAUCACACCCCGCUUCUGCUGACCUGCUGUCUGCCCUGAGCCAGGAGGAGCAAGACCUCAUCGCGCCCGUGGUUGCCCUGGGGUAUCCCCUGCAUAGGGCCAUCACAGCUCUGCAGAAGACAGGGCGGCAGAGCCUGAGCCAGUUUCUCAGCUACCUCAGUGCCUGUGACCGGCUGCUGCGGCAAGGCUAUGAGGAGGGGCUAGUGGAGGAGGCCAUGGAGAUGUUCCAGUUCUCCGAGAGCCAGGCCGGGGAGUUCCUGCGCCUCUGGGAACAAUUCAGUGCCAUGGGCUUCCAGCAGGACCGGAUCAAGGAAGUGCUGCUGGUCCACGGCAACCGCAGUGAGCAAGCGCUGGAGGAGCUGGUGGCCUGUGCCCAAUGAGCACUGGCGCAUUCCACAAUGCCUGUGCAUCCCAGUCCUGGGCCAGACCUGGCAAUCCAUAGUAACGGGAUUAGUAAGACUACAUAAGAGGGGAACCUGGCUGGCCAAGUUGGAGGAGUAUGUGGCUCUUGAUCUCAGGUUUGUGAAUUUGAGCCCCACAUUGGGUGUUGAGAUUACUUUAAAAAA